AUGACAGACACCAUCCACCAUCAUCCUGUGCUAUGCAUCCCAGAACUUGUCAGCCUUAUCAUGGAACACAUGGUUGCCAUAGACAAUGAUGGCAACAAAAACAUCCGCAACACAUUCAUCCCUUUGCUACCAUGCUUACUCGUCAAUCGUUUAUGGCACGAUUGUGCAGCAACCAUUGCAUGGCGUGAUUUGGUAUUCGACAAGUCAUGUGAACCUUUACUAGGUCGCUUUGUAAAAGCAAUGGCUGAUACCCAGCAACAAGAAGAAGAGCACAGCAUUAAUGACACCAACGAUGAUGACGAUAUCGACGACAAAAAGAAGAUGCAACUUGCACGAAAAAGCGUCUUAAGCAAUUGCCUCGAAUACUUGAUGCGGACACCUACUUCAGCUGAUGGAAUGAAGAAAAAAAGUAGCGACUUGACAAUCCAACUACAACAGCAACUACUCAAUUUUUAUCGCAAAUCGGUACGCUCCAUAUCAUUACGCAAGAUCAAGAGUGAUACAAUCAAUCAGCAACUUGAAUGCAUUGCACCCUACGCUACUCGUGUGGAGCAAUUGGAUUUAUACAUUUGUGAUCAUCUCCAAAAUCAUGCUGUGGUACCAUUCUUCGCGCACGGACAACUUACACACUUAUCACUUGCUGGGUGCUAUCGCAUCAACGACGAUGUGAUUAUCCAAGCUGCACAACAAUGCCCAAGAUUACAACAUUUGGAUGUACGUGCUUGUGGUCGUAUUUCCGAUAGGGCUAUUGCUGAGGUAGCCAUGCACUGCCAACACCUACGACAUUUGAAUGUGGGUCGUGUACGUGACCGUGAUCGUAUAUCCAUAAAAUCCAUAAGGCUGAUUGCCCUCCAUACCCAAGUAUCAGUCUUAGGUUUGGCAGGCUGUGAUAUUGACGACGAGUGUAUGCGUAUACUUGUUCAUGCACGUCAUCAUCAUCUUGAACGUAUUUCUGUCAACAGCUGUCCUCGGAUUUCCAAUGCCAGUCUUCGUGCAUGUAUCCAAUAUUGUCCCAAUCUUUCGGUUUUAGAAAUCAAAGAAUGUCAUCGCAUCAAUGAUUGGAACCUUAUCCAUUGGCUCCAGAGCCAACGUCAUGUGUUAGUGACUAUGUGCGAACAGCAAGAGAAUGCAGCGAAUGCAUGGGAAGCUCGACAUCAACAACAAAAGGCACAAAACUACCUGUAG